AUGUCCAGUAACUUAGUCCCGGUUGGCACAUAUUACAGUAGGAAACAAACUCGGAGUGUCUGUAACAGUCUUACUCCUUUAGCAUAUUACUUAAAGACGGAAGACAACUCCUCCGGGAUUGGUUUAGAACCAUUUCCAUGUUCUGAGUGUGGCAAAUGUUUUGCACGGAAAUCAAAUCUUGUUAAAUAUCAGAGUAGUCACACAGGUGAGAGGCCAUUUUCUUGCUUUGAGUGCGAGAAAUGUUUUACACGGAAAUCAAAUCUUGUUAAACAUCAGAGUCGUCACACAGGUGAGAGACCAUUUCCAUGUUCUGAGUGUGGGCAAUGUUUUGCACAGAAAUCACAUCUUGUUACACAUCAGAGAAGCCACACAGGUGAGAAGCCUUUUCCAUGUUCUGAGUGUGGAAAAUGUUUUGCACAGAAAUCAAAUCUUGUUACACAUCAGAGAAGUCACACAGGUGAGAAGCCAUUUUCUUGCUCUGAGUGUGGGAAAUGUUUUGGACGCAAAUCAGAUCUUGUUACACAUCAGAGAAGUCACACAGAUAAGAAUCCAUUUCCAUGUUCUGAGUGUGGGGAAUGUUUUGCACACAAAUCAGAUCUUGUUAUACAUCAGAGAAGUCACAGAGGUGAGAAUCCAUAUCUAUGUUCUGAGUGUGGGAAAUGUUUUGCACACAAAUCACAUCUUGAUACACAUCAGAGAAGUCAUACAGGUGAGAAGCCAUUUUAUUGCUCUGAGUGUGGGAAAUGUUUUACCCAGAAAUCAUGUCUUGUUAUACAUCAGAGAAGUCACACAGGUGAGAAGCCAUUUCCAUGUCCUGAGUGUGGGCAAUGUUUUGCACACAAAUCAGAUCUUGUUAUUCAUCACAGAAGUCACACAGGUGAGAAGCCAUUUUCUUGCUCUGAGUGCAGGAAAUGUUUUGCACAGAAAUCACAUCUUGUUACACAUCAGAGAAGUCACACAGGUGAGAAGCCAUUUUAUUGCUCUGAGUGUGGGAAAUGUUUUACCCAGAAAUCAAGUCUUAUUAUACAUCAGAGAAGUCACACAGGUGAGAGGCCAUUUCCAUGUUCUGAGUGUGGGAAAUGUUUUACAUAUAAAUCAUAUCUUGUUACACAUCAGAGAAAUCACACAGGUGAGAAGCCGUUUUCCUGUUCUGAGUGUGGGAAAUGUUUUGCAUGGAAAUCAGAUCUUGUUAAACAUCAGAAAAGUCACUCAGGUGAGAAGCCGUUUUCCUGUUCUGAGUGUGGGAAAUGUUUUACACAGAAAUCAGCUCUUGUUCCACAUCAGAGAAGUCACACAGGUGAGAAGCCGUAUUCCUGUUCUGAGUGUGGGAAAUGUUUUACACAGAAAUCAGCUCUUGUUCCACAUCAGAGAAGUCACACAGGUGAGAAGCCGUUUUCCUGUUCUGAGUGUGGGAAAUGUUUCGCAUUUAAAUCAGUUCUUGUUAAACAUCAGAAAAGUUACUCAGGUGAGAAGCCGUAUUCCUGUUCUGAGUGUGGGAAAUGUUUUACACAGAAAUCAUCUCUUGUUACACAUCAGAGAAGUCACACAGGUGAGAAGCCGUAUUCCUGUUCUGAGUGUGGGAAAUGUUUUGCACAGAAAUCACAUCUUGUCAGACAUCAGAGAAGUCACACAGGUGAGAAGCCGUAUUCCUGUUCUGAGUGUGGGAAAUGUUUUGCACGGAAAUCAGAUCUUGUUACACAUCAGAGAAGUCACACAGGUGAGAAGCCAUUUUCAUGCUGUGAGAGAAAUAAAUCCGCUCUUGUUGAACACAUUAGACAUUACCCAAGUACGGAACCAUUUACAUCUUCUGGAGUAUAAUUAUCACUGUCGUCCAAUGUUCCUCAAGGUUGAAUCCUAUC